UAUUGGCUUAUCCUCAGAUGUUUACAUUAAAUUGUAGCAGUUUUGUACUCUUUAAAAACUUUAAGUAGUAAUUUUCACAAGAUUUAGGAAGACACAAUCAUUUAUUGUUGAACCUGUUACCCUUUUAAUUUUAACACAAUGCGUGUCGUUGCUUUAAUAAGUGGUGGAAAAGAUUCGAUAUAUAACGCUAUGCUAGCUCAAGCAGAAGGACAUGAGAUAGUUGCUCUGGCUAAUCUUCACCCAAAAGAUAAAGAUGAAUUAGAUUCUUACAUGUACCAAACAGUGGGUCAUCAAGGCAUUGAAAAAAUUGCCGAAGCCAUGGAAUUGCCUCUCUAUAGGAAGGAGACUGAAGGAACUUCGCUGCAAAAAGGAAAAUCAUACGAACCAACAUGCAACGACGAAGUAGAAGACCUCUUUGACCUAUUGAGAGAGAUUAAAGACAAAGAAAAUAUUAGUGGAGUUGCAUGUGGUGCAAUUCUCUCCGAUUAUCAACGAGUAAGGGUAGAGAAUGUUUGUCAACGACUUCAACUUAUCUCUCUAACCUACUUGUGGCGGCGAGAUCAGGCGGAAUUGCUACAAGAAAUGAUUGACUGUAAAAUAGAAGCGAUUCUUAUUAAAGUAGCUGCACUGGGACUGAUGCCCAAUCACCUUGGGAAAUCAUUGUCUGAAAUGAAGUCGCAUCUUCUUGCCAUGCACGACAAAUAUACAUUAAAUGUUUGCGGUGAAGGAGGAGAAUACGAGACUUUUACACUUGACUGUCCUCUCUUUAAAAAACGCAUAAUUGUUGAAGAUAUGCAAAUGGUUUUAAGUUCAGCUGAUCCCAUUUGUCCGGUUGGAUACAUCAAUUUCACAAAGUUAAAACUUGCCCCUAAAACGUCUCCCACGAAAUACAAAAUAAAAACAAGCAAAGAUUUUGUUCAAAUUCACAACUUAGACAACGAAAUUUUGGACGAAAUUCAAAAGGAUUUAUUUCCGACUACCGAUGCCAAAGAAUCUAAUUGUGCCUUAUUAGAAAAAGCAACAACAAAUAUUAGUGUGGGGAAUUCAGUAUUUGUUCAAAACAAGCCGCAAAAAAUACUCAAUAAAAAAGGAUGGCUUUUUAUCUCUGGGAUUGAGUGCAGUUCAACAGACCCGGCACUUGCAAUAACGGAGGGACUUUGCGAACUAGAAAGCAUGCUUGUUUCAGAAAAUGCAUCACUCAAAGAUUUGGUAAACAUAAUACUUUAUGUUAAAAAUAUGAAAGAUUUCGCCAUUAUCAACUCAUCCUACAUAAAAAUUAUAAACUUUCAAAAUCCACCGACACGAGUGUGUGUUGAAUGUGAAUUACCAGAAUGCUGCACAAUAAUAGUUGAAGCAACUGCACACAAACCAAGAGACGAUUUUAGUAGAAAGACUGUUUUACAUGUUCAAGGCAUAAGUCAUUGGGCGCCCGCAAACAUAGGUCCUUAUAGUCAAUCCAUGAAGAUAGGCAAUAUAAUAUAUAUUUCUGGGCAGAUUGCAUUGAAUCCAGGUAGCUUAGAAAUAAUUGAUGGUGGAAUCGAUGUUCAAUGUUGUCUUGUAUUGAGGCACAUAAGCCGCAUUAUAGAGGCUAUGAAUGUGAAUGGAAAGCUUAGAGAUGUUCUACAGGGAAUCUGUUAUGUAACGAAUCAAAACGACAUUCAAAUAGCACGUAGAGUUUGGGAGGCACAGAGCACAAAUGCCAUCAUUGACUACGUGGUUGUAAAACGGCUUCCACGCAAUGCACUGGUUGAGUUACAAGUUUGGUUACAUCUUGGAAACGAUAAAUUUGAAUACGAAGAAACGGGCUGCUCCAUCGAUAACUUCACUGUUUCUCUCAAAAGAAGAUGGAAUUAUGAAAGCGAAUGCUCAUCAGGAAUAUGCACAAUUGGAAAUUAUUCAACAGGACAAACUAGUGAUAUGAGUGAAGAACAACUGCUUCAAGUGUUUGAUUACUUUAUUCGAAAAAUGUGCCCCGACGUUUUGCAUGCAAAUAAUGAAAUACAUACUCUAUACAUUAGAAUAUUCUACCAUGUCUCACAUACGCCACUUUUCUUGAGAGACGUCUUAGAUAAAUUACAUAAUGAAAGGAUCAACAUAAAAUUAGCGAUAACACUUGUACCUGUAUGUGGAUUUCAAUCAAAUUUUGACAUUAUAUCAAUGACUGCUAUUCGUCAUGAAUAAAUACAAAAAGUAGAUAAAUUUAAUAACCAUGUAUAAAAAAAAUAUAUAGUUAUUUAUAGCAAAACCGAAAUAAAAAUAAUUUUGUUG